AUGAGCGAGGCAGAGGACGUUGAGUCCAUAGGGGCCAUAUUCAGAGCCUCCAUUGUUGAGGCAACUAACUUGAGCUGUAAGAUCGUGGAGGUCCGUCCUGGUGAAGAUGUCUCACUGUCGUGCUCCAAAAUGUCCAAACAAAGUUCUUUAUUUUUCUGGUACAAACUGGUCAACACAACCAAGUUCAGCUGUAUCUCUCUCAUGUACGGUGUUCACAGCAAACCUGAAUACUGCGACGGAUUUAAAGAUGGAUUAUUUGAAAUGAGCUUCAACAUCUCUACUGUGUUUCUCACAAUCAAAAAGGUGGAAAUAUCUGAUUCUGGACAUUAUUUCUGUGGAUUUUAUGGAAAUGGAGUCAUCAGUCUCAGUGUGGUACAAUUACAUGUGAAAGGUUUCCAUGAACCAGAUGACAUCACCAGUGAUUGUCAAAAAAAGCUUGAUGUAGAAACAAAGCUGCUGGGUGGGAUUCUGGCUGGUCUGACUGUUUUCUUCAUGACCAUCAUCGUUGGUCUGGUUCUUCAAAACAAGAAACUUCAGAAAGAUGCAGAAGAAAAACCAAAUCCAGACAGAAAAAAGACUCUCAACCCUGCAGACCUGAUGUUCCUCUCAGAAACUAUAAGAAGGAGGAGGACUGCAGAAGAGAGAGCAGUGGAGACUCAUGUUAUUUAUACUGCCAGCACAUAG